ACUUUGAUUGUGGCAGGCUAAUUCUAAUUCUAAAGGCAGGAAAUGACAGUUGAGUUGAAAACGGGGUUGCCAUAGGUGCGAGAUCCCAAAACCGAAAGGUGGAGGGCGAGGGAAUCGAAACCAUCUAGUAUUUAUCUUCGUUUUCUUCGUCUCCAUUCUUUCUUUUUCCAUUCUUCUUCCUUUCAUCCCUCGCAGGAAUCUUGCCAAACCUAAUCGAUCCUUCUACUUUCUUUGCGUUUCCAAUGUAUCGUCUUCGUUCCCUUCCUUCCACCAUGGAUGCCAUUUAGAUUCACACUCACAUACACUUCUCAGCUUCACCCUUUCUGCUUCGAGAUCUGAUCUCAUUCUCAUUCCGUUUGUUUCCAGAAAGAAAAAUUCAUUCGGUUACUGAUUGAUGUGCUAGUUGCAAUUGCACUGUUUGAGCGUCCCUCUGCCGAAUCGGAAGAUGGGAUUAGUGUUUACAAAAUUGUUUUCCUCUCUCUUCGGUAACAAGGAAGCUCGAAUCCUCGUUCUCGGCCUCGACAAUGCCGGGAAAACCACUAUCCUUUAUCGGCUUCAGAUGGGCGAAGUUGUCUCCACCAUUCCAACUAUUGGGUUUAAUGUCGAAACUGUGCAGUAUAACAACAUCAAAUUUCAAGUUUGGGAUUUAGGUGGGCAAACAAGUAUCAGGCCAUAUUGGAGGUGUUACUUUCCAAAUACUCAGGCAAUAAUAUAUGUUGUUGAUUCAAGUGACGUUGAUAGGCUUGUGAUUGCUAAGGAGGAGUUCCAUGCAAUUCUGGAGGAGGAAGAACUAAAAGGUGCUGUUGUUCUGCUUUUUGCAAACAAACAGGACCUUCCUGGUGCACUUGAUGAUGCUGCAGUGACGGAGGCUCUUGAGUUACACAAGAUAAAAAAUCGUCAAUGGGCUAUUUUCAAAACUUCUGCAAUAAAAGGAGAAGGACUUUUUGAGGGCCUGGACUGGUUGAGCAACACACUCAAAUCUGGGGGUGGCUAAAGUUGUCCAGCUUCAGUGAAAUGAUUGAAUUCAGAAGGGAAGGUUGACAUGCGUAUUUUUGGUAUCUCUUUCACUGUGAAUUAUGUUACAAUAAUAGAUUAAAGUUCGCACAUGCGUUUGAUUCCGCUUUGUAUUUACAGUUAAAGGUGUGAAUGGUGGUCAUCGGUUGUCUUUUCGUUGUUUUUUUUAUUUUUUAUUUUUAAGCCAGUCUCUUGGUUCCCGUAAUAGCAGUAGCUGAAUGGUUUCUAAGGAAAAUUUUCUCGUCUAAUCUUGUGUAAUCGAGCUACAUGGGUUUACACUUAAUGUGCUUGACGUAAAGAUGAUUCCAUGAGGUAGUUUUGUCAAUGAUACCGGCUGAUGAUGACAAACCUUCAAAGCUCUCUGGUGGCGAUGAGGACCGAAAAGCUAUUAAAGCUAUUGUUGACAAGGCGAAUCAUGGUAGCAAAUUUUUACUUAGUGUAAAAUGUUUUAGGUUUAUAUGACAAUUCUCUUUGGAUUUCGGAUUUAAAAUUCCGGUUAUCUAAAAGUAACUUUUGGUUCAAACUAUAAGUCGGAUUGGAUACCUAAUUUGGGGCAAAAGUUUCUUAAUGCCUGUUUUUAUAUAUUUCACAGGAUUUUUGUUUGAGGAAGAAUUUUAACUGGCACAAAAAGUUGGACUUUGGAGCAAAGAAACCCAAUUUACCAGGGGAAUAGAAUUUAAUAUUUUUUCAUGAAAAAAAAA